AGAUAUGUACACUUUGGUGUGUAUGCAUACACUCUCUCCCUCUUUUUAUAUAUAUAUAUGGCAGAAUGAAUACAUAUUUAAAUGAAUUUGUCCAUGAUGAAAUGUUCAGCAUUACCUGAACUCUCCUUGGAAGUUACAUGCCUCAUCCCCUCCGCUGGAGGCUGACAUCUCCACAGUCUUACUGAAGCCUACUUCAGUUAACCUAACUGUGUAGCAGUGCAUAUGAGGACUGUUUUUACUCCUGUUUCACUGCAGUCACCUUCUAAGGAGCUCUAUUAUUUUUUUUCCUUUUCUGCUGCUACUUGUGCUGUUGUGCCAUGUGUAAUAGCAAAUAGAUUGCACCAAAAGUUUUUUUUUUUUGCGAGUAGUCAGAGAGAAGUAUGAUGAAUUUGAUUUCCAAUUAAGUUACUAAGAGUAACCAUAGUUAGCUUAAUACAUUCCAUCAUUGUGGCACUGGAGUAUUUCAGUAAUCAAUUUUAGAGAUGUUUAGAUUCCCACACUGUUUUGCUUAAUGUUUGCCUUUAUGUUCAAAAGGAGGAAGCCUCCUCUUUCUUGGAAGAAGUGCUUUCCUCUUAUCAUGCUAGUCUAUUGAAAAGCUACAGGUUGCCAGAAAGGUUCAAACGCCUAUUUCCUUCAUGACAAAGUCUCAGAAGAUUAUUCCAACCAUGCAAACUAACCUGUCAAACUGCUGAGUCCAAAACCACUCUCCAAUCAAUACCAACAGCAAGCAUUGUUGAAAGGGGAAAUCUAAGGGUUUCUACUCUACCUGGUAGAAGAAGUAGUGGAAAAAGCAAUGUGGAACAUUUAAGGUAAGCCAAGCACACCUUUCCUUCCCUAACUGCUCCUUUGAAUCCCACUUUCUCUUAAGAGUCUCCAAAGUAUGGUGCUGCUAACUCCUGAACAACACAUCAUGGCAUAAAUAAUGUUUCCCUUAAAACCCAAAUGAAACUUAGGAAAAUCAGAAGAUUAAUUGCUUGCAAUGAACCUUAAGCCUAUUUCAUUGCAAUAAUAAAUAUUUAUCAUUAAUUUAUAUAAUAAAACGUACCAUAACUGUGUGAAGUUUUGGCAGCAGUUUUCUCAGUGGAGUGGGUGCUUUGAAUCUGACCCUUUCACCUGCCUCUUCCCAGUACCUGAAGAUAAUUUCUGUCCACUUGGUAUUUGGCUUGAUACUUAGGAGGUUCCGGAACUUUGAGGCACCCAAUUUCUAGACAAAUUCAUUUUUUUUCAUUGAAUGUAGCCUUAGGUGGCUAAAUUUAGGAAGGAUCUAGAGGCCACCUUUAGAGGCAGCUGUGUUGCUGACUCUCCUGGUGUCUUCAAAGGCAGGUGGAAUUGCUCUACCAUCCUUUCUUCUCAAGGAGCUCACUCACCCUUAAGCAACUUCAGCCCUUCCUCCCUUUUUUAUUAUAACUGAAUUCUGUCAAAUGUUGGGGUCAAAAAUCCAUUUGAACAAAACCAUUCUGUGAUUUAUAUCUGCUGUGGGCUUUUUACUUUUUUUUUAAGCAAUACUUAGUCCUAGUGGUAACAGUUUAAUAACUUUUCUUUUUCCUAUAAAAUGUUUGAUACUAGAAAGCAGACCAUUUUUUCUCCUUCUACUCUGUUUGGGUCUUUUUUUUAAAAUAGAAGGUAAGUAGGCGUGGUCAAACAAUAUUUGUGGUUUACCAUGCUUCGUUUCAGAGCAAAGAGCUCAGUUUGGGCUGUUUUACUGGCACAGCUGGUGAAGAGAGGUUUGCAUUUUCAUUUUAACAUAAAUGGAUAACCAGAUAUGAUUCAUUCUACCUGUAAGUAAACUUGGCUGCAUAUUUUGGUAUUGUAGUUUUGUUUUGUGCAAAAGCAGUGUACUUAGCAAAUGAAGUAUUUAAAUAUUGGCAUAAAAAUUAUAAUCUACUUUCUCUUGCACUGCUAAGGGGAUCUCUGUUAAGAUUGCUUGUCUGGACUUUCAGAAUCAACACAAAAAUAUGAAUCCAUUUUAUAACGAAUUUAGCAAAGCAACUGAUUUUACAUAUUGAUAGGGAGAUAUUCCCACAUACUGUUCUUAAACUUGUGAACUGCAUAAGCAUGGAUUGAGAGAUUGGUAGAACUAAACCUGUCUUUCUUCAGAGUAGAGGUAACUCACAGGAAGGACAGGAAGCCUCAGCUUGCACACAUCUAAAGCUGAAAGCUUGUAUUUUAAAAUGAUUUUAGAAGUAAACUGUACUGUGGCUUUCUACCAGGUUAUUGAUUUUUGUAGUAAUGUUGAAAGCUGUCAGACCAUACCAGGAGGCAUGCUGUGUUACAGCAAAGGUUUGGUGGGUGAAGCUGAGUUUGUAGUGUUGAACACAGUUAACCUUCUGCUCCUUUGUAAGAGCUUCUAGCAAAAAAUGGUGGAAGAGUGCAAAUGUUAGACAUGGAUUGGAGUGUCUGCAGUGUUAGUAGUGCUUUGGGAAACUGAUUCAGGAAAGCAAACUCAAGUGAAGAAAAUGUUGAACUAGCAAGGUUAUAACAUGGAAAUGACAAAAAUUCAUUUCUAAAAAUUGAUUUCUUGUUGCUUUUGUCUUUGAUGUUCCUUUUCUAAAGCUGCCAUUUACAGUGAGUAACAACUGAGGAUAGGAGGAAGAUUGCACAUAUAUGUGUGAAUUUGCCAUGUAUUCAGCCAACAUUAUCAACCCAAAGUGUAUUCUGGGUGUUGUGGGACUGUAUCAGGCCACGAUGUGUUUACACUCUGCCUUCUCUGUUCUGAUGGGACUCUCUUAAGCUGCUUAAGCAAAUGGCUUUUUCUGACAGCUGACCCAUCUUUUUCUUCUUCCUCUUGCAUCCCACCUGCUCUGUUGUGCACAGAUAAAUUUAUUUCCAGUACUCAAAAGUUGGUUAUCAAAAUGUCAGCUGCACAUUUUUAGGCUGAGUAUUUGUCAGAUUAGCUUCAACACCGGUUUCCUAAUGUUUUUACUUUAGCCACAUGCUUCUCGUGCCAUGGUUAUUUCUUGUUUUGAAACAGAGCAUCCUAAUAGGUCUGAUGUACAGAACUGUCAUGGCUCUGUGCAAGUGUUGGGAUUGGUGUUUGCUUGUCUGUCAUGAGGGAGAUAAUGUGAUACUGCUUUAUAAAUGAGUGUCUUCCUCCUAAACUGCUCAUUUCCAGAAAGAAAAAGACAAUAGCACUGAAAUGCACUGUAUUUGUUUGUUCCUGUGUAAAAUAACUUUGUCUAAGGUGGCAAGCUUUCAUCAAAAAUUACAGAAAUAAAAAAUUCUCUAUACAGUUGAAGAAGGAAGAUGGCAAGUUCUAGAUUCAACACCUCAAAUACUCCUCUUGUUUAAUUUAAACCUAGGUUUUAAACUACUGAAUUUAGUUGUUCCAUCAUGACGUACCCCAAGGAUCAAAGCAAUGUGUGUACAUAGCUUGUGUUUUGGUAGAACUCAAGGGAAUGUGAACUGGAAGAUUUAAUGGGGCUGAAGGGGCUGGAGAAAUUUUCCUUGGUAUGGAUUUAAAAGAAGCAAGAUUUGAUUACUUUAUUUAUUUUUUUUUAAUUUAUGGGAAGCUUUUUGGUUAGGACGGAAACAGAGAAGUGGAAUCUAAAAUAAUUGAUAGCUCCAUAAGUACUUUAUUUUAACAGACUUCAAAAUUAAUUUACUGUUAAAAUUAUAGAAUAUUUCUUCCUCUUAGCCUGUAUUUCUUUCCUGUGUUCUGUCCAAGCAGUCUGUAAUUCAUAACAUGGCAAAUCUAACUGGUCUCUCUGUUCUCUUCCAAAUAUGGAAUCCAAAAUGUGAUUUCCUUGCUGAAGCACAACUCUCAGUGAUACCAUCUGUGACUAAUCUUUAAUUUAUGAACUCGUCAGUGUGGUUACUUGAGUUGAGGACCAGGGGAUCUAGGCCAGCUAAUAUGUGACUCUAACACUCCUUGAAAAAUCCAGUGUUUUGUAUAGGAAAAUGUCCUUGGUGAAAAAUCAAAGGAAACCAGACAGAAUAGUUCCAUUUAUUUCAGUGAUCUAGCAGAAGGGAUAAUCAAGCAGAAAUGUUUUAAAUGAGUAAAUUCUAUUUUCAAUGUAUUUGUAUUUUAAAUUAUAGCUUUUAAAAAAUUCAAAUACAGGAGUUUAGGCAUUAUAAUUCUUUCUUAGUUUUUCUGGUGGGUUUUGAGGCAAGAGAAAGGAAGGAAGAGCACAAGACAUGAGAGAGUGCAUGUGGGGGUGAGAAGUGUCAGGCAGGAAAUGCCAUCUUCCUGCUGCGUGACAGCACGCACUGCUGUGCAGCCCUCAGUGUCAGCAUCUUCCUUGGCCAUGAGGAGAGCAAGUUAAAUCAAAUUAUUCACUCAGUGUAUCAAAGCGUUCCCCAUCUGUAGUGUUGGCCAUGUCUUCCUGAAACAGCAUCACAGUUUGGGCCUACUUUCUGAUAUCACACCAUCCAGUCUGUUUUCUGCUGCUGCUGCUGCUCAGUGCAAGAAAGAGAAAUGAGAACAAAAGUGGACCUGGACCCUGACACUAUCCUGGUGACCCAGUACUCGGCCUCACAACCAGAUGUUUCCUAUGAAUCUAUUUGGAAAUGUGGGCAGCGCAAGAGCCAAUUACAGUUUAAGGACAAGCCAUUACCUCCUCUGCCUCCUGAGGCUUUUGAAGACCACGCGAACAAACCCAGAGUUAUUGCACUCUAUGACUUCUUUGCUAGAGGGCCUUUAGAUCUACCUCUCAAGAAAGCAGAAGAAUACAUUAUCCUCGAACAGUAUGAUCCCCUCUGGUGGAAGGCAAGAGACCGACAUGGGAAUGAAGGUCUAAUUCCCAGCAACUAUGUUACCAAGAACAAGAAAAGCAAUUUAGAAACAUACAAAUGGUACUGCAGAAACAUGAACAGAAGCCAAGCAGAACUUCUUUUGCUCCAGAAGCCCAAAGAAGGUGCAUUUGUUGUCAGAGAUUCAAGCCGGCAGGGUCUCCUUACGCUGUCCAUGUACUCACGGGCUAAGGGAAGUCAUAAUGGAGAUAUUCUACAUUAUCAAAUUAAACAAAAUCCUUCAGGACAUUAUUAUGUAGCAGAAAACUAUGCCUUCUCAUCCGUUCCUGAACUCAUCGAGUAUCAUCAACACAAUGCUGCAGGUCUCAUCACACGUCUCCGACAUCCAGUCGGAUCAGAUGGACGGACCUCACCAGAAACCACAGGAUUGAGUUAUGGGGAGUGGGGAUUAAACCCAUCUGAACUGCUGUUACUGAAAGAACUUGGGCGUGGGCAGUUUGGAGUUGUUUAUCUUGGUAAAUGGAAAGAGACUAUCAAGGUUGCCAUCAAAACAAUCAAUGAAGGUGCAAUGUCUGAAGAUGAUUUCAUAGAGGAGGCCAAACUGAUGAUGAAACUCUCCCACCCAAAGCUGGUCCAGCUUUAUGGAGUGUGCACACAUCACAAACCUCUCUACGUUGUGACUGAAUUCAUGGAAAAUGGUUGCCUGCUCAGUUACCUUCGGCAAAGGCGGGGGAAACUCAGCAGAGAUGUUCUCCUGAGCAUGUGCCAGGAUGUUUGUGAAGGGAUGGAAUAUCUGGAAAGAAACAGCUUUAUUCACCGUGAUUUGGCUGCAAGAAACUGUUUAGUCAAUGUGGACCACGUGGUUAAAGUAUCUGACUUUGGCAUGGCAAGGUAUGUCAUUGAUGAUGAAUAUAUUAGCUCUUCGGGUGCCAAGUUUCCAGUCAAAUGGUCAUCUCCUGAAGUCUUUCAUUUCAAAAAAUAUAGCAGCAAAUCAGAUGUCUGGUCAUUUGGUGUACUGAUGUGGGAAGUUUUCACAGAAGGCAAAAUGCCUUUUGAAACCAAGUCGAAUGCUGAAGUUGUCCGUGAGAUUUCUCAGGGUAACCGACUUUAUCGACCACAUUUGGCAUCACAUCCUGUGUACAAAGUCAUGUACAGCUGCUGGCAUGAGAAACCUGAAGGACGUCCUACUUUUGCAGAGUUAAUAGUGACCCUCAGAGAUUUAACAGAGAUGACAUAAUCACAGAUUUUUUCCUGAAAGGUUAGCAUUCAGCAUGCCACUAAUGUAGCUGGUACAGAAAACUUCAACCUGUUAGAGAGGUCUCUACCUAAAUCAUAGUACCAGCAUCCUACAUAUUGAAGCAGCUGUUUGGUCUUGGCACAGUUUUUCUUAUUUGAGAAAGAUUCUCCAGGACACUGAUUUGGGACUCUCAAGGCUUUGUUUCCAUGGUUAGGGAGAAAAAUCUCUCUGAAAAGCAGUAACCAAGCCUACUCACCUUAUAGAUAUUUUUAUUCAUUCUUUUGUUCAGAGUUACACUAAUUCUUGCAUCAAUAUUACUACAUUAUUUAUACUUACUAUGACUCAUGCGCUGGGGAAUAGUGAUUGGCAGAGCAAAAAUGAUGGAAGAACCUAUGAUAAGCUCUGGCUAGGUCACUUUUAAAGGCAAGUCCUUGUGCACUGCAGAGCAUCCGGCCCUGGAGAAGCAGAGCAGGGCUCUGUCCAAGGGACAGCCAGCUAAGUGGCUGCUGGAGCAGUGCCUACACGUGUGCCUGGACCCACUGCUUGGACAAAGCAGUGCCUUAGCCCUCCCCUCGCAAAUGGCCAGAAUGGUUCAUGGGCAAGUUAAAACUGGAACCUGACAGUAAAGCUCAGAUGGAUCCUAUGGUACCUUACAUGGACAUGUCUGUACCCCUACUUCUUCUGUUAUUAUUCACUUUUCAUUUUAAAUCUUAACUAUGGUCAACAUAAAUAUGUUGUAGAGAAGGAAAGGUAGAUGGAAUUCAUAAUUAUUUAAAACAAAAUAGUCAGAUCAUUGCAAAUAAAUAUGUUCUUGGCAAUUGUGAU